CUAUUGAGUUUUCAGUGCAAACAGAAAUUUAUCGUGUGGAGUCGACUCUCUGACCAACACAUUUUGUCACUAUCAAAUUUGUUUUAGGAAUGAUUGACGUUUUUAAUUAUUGAACUUCGUUACCCGUGAAGAUGUAGAGGUCGGUUUAUAGGUUGUUGGGAGGACAUUGAAAGGAGGAUUCGUUGUAAAACUGGGGGAGACUAGAGGUCACAUUGCGGCCUGGACAUUCUCGAAAAGUUAAUUGCCCGUGGUUUGAUGUUUCGGAGUACAUUGAUUUCCUGUCCGUAAAAGACAACCGUCUUCAUAAUUCUAGACCCGGAUUCUAGAUCUUACGAUGGUUCACAGACAGCCACUUAUUCUGUUGUGAAAGUUGACAUUAUUUUCUGGAUUAUUGAAGACUGAUCAUCGCUAACCUGAUGUGAAUAUUGUUUUCUUUUAUUGGAUUAUAAUCGGAGAAGACGAAUUUGACGAGAAGAUGACCAAUGCCGACUACCAGGCGCUUCUCUAUUCAAGAGAUCGUCUGUCUCUACUUCAGAAGGGACUUACGGCAGUACUGAACGCCAUGCAGGGUGUACUAGCAGUACAGGAUGAUCUGGCAUCAGGAGGGAUGAUGUCCAUCAAAUCAGCAGAACAUGCCAAACAACUUGAACAAAUCGAUAAAGAUUGCUGGGAAAGGAUACGAGUUGAGCUUCUGGAUGUCUACAAAUCUUUCAAGAAGAGGGCAUCAAUACCUGGUACUGAAAUCAAUGGUAAUGAUGUCAAGGACAAGUCUGCUGCGGAGUGUCUUCUCGGACUCACAGAGCGGGUGGAUGAUGUUAAAAAGGGUCUUGACACAAGGUUAAAGGUGACUGCCAAAAGAGAAGAAAAUAUGAUAAAAGAAGUCAGGUUAUUACAAGAACAACUUUAUGAUGAGAGGCAGCAGAGUGUGGAACUGAAAUGGAAAGCCCAGGAAGCGACGGAAAACGCGGGAAAAUACACAGUACCCGUCUUACAACAGCAGCUCAAAGAAAAACAAGAAGAAAUCUCACAAUUAAAACGAAAUAGUACCGUCCAAUUAUGGGAUAAAGAAAAGGCAAAGUUAAUAGAAGGUUACAAGACGCGAGAAGAGAAACUCACCAAAGAAUUAGCUGACACUCAAAAGAGGUUUGAAGAUAUGAAGGAGAAACUGACAGAAAAAUUAAGAGAAACAGAAGAGAAGCUGAAAAUGCAGAAGAUGAAAGAUGCCCUUGAUAAGAAAAUCAUCAACAGAAACGUUUCCAAAUCUAUGGAAUCAAUUAACUCAUCUUCAUCUGAGAGGAAUCGUCGUGAAAAUGUAGCAGGAGACUUGGAGUUAGAAAUCGAAGGAUUGAAAAGAAAAAUCUACUCGAAAGAGAAGGACAUCUCACGACUUGAAGACGAGAUCAUUAAUCAACAAAGAUUAUCUGUUGGUUGCUUUAAAGGAAUUCAGAAAGAUUUCAAAAUCCUCUGCACACGCCAAGAACAGAACAAGUAUAAGAAGGUUGAUUCGAAGCGAUUUAAGAAGAUUCUGAAUGCCAUCUUCGAUGGAGCUAAGAGGGGUCAAUUAGACAUUACGAAGGCCGAUCUACCACUCCAGUACAUCGCAUUACCUGAGGAUCUUAUUGGUCAUCCUAUUAAGAGGAGCUCUGGAAAAUCUAUUCUGCUCUCAAAACAGGACAUCCGACAUCACCUGACCCCCGUCGGCAACGAGGGGCCCUCGCCGCCGUCGUCCCCAGACGCGAGCCCGUCAUCGAGCCCGAGAACGUCGACGAAGAAAGUAGCGAACGGUGAUCGGAAGCUGCAGCCGAUCGAAGGUUCAGAGGACAACGAGAAGGAGGAGGCGAAGGAUGUGAUGGGGGAGGAUCCGGGCAUGGCAUUCAGGAAAGCAACAAAUGUCAGGAAAAGAAGGGAGUCGAGGGCGUCGUUGACAUUUCAACAUCUUCCCCAUCCAGACCUCGUUGAUUUUAGCAAUGCUCAUCUGGACAUUGAAGUUGCAUUAAAACAAUUCCCGGAAUUAACAGAAACACAGAUUAAGGAUCACUACGAUCAAUUCAGACGGUACGAUACAAGUGGUGAUCUAUUACUAGACUUCACGGAAGUCGUUAGAGCCAUUCAAUCGACGGUUGGAAACUUUUAUUCUCCAGCCCAAGUCAAGGAAGCAAUGAAUGAAAUUGAUAGCGAUAAAAACGAUACUGUUGAUUUCUACGAGUAUCUUACCAUCGCGCUCAUGGUCACGAACAAACGAGGGAGAUCCGAAGUUUUCCGAAGUGGGAUCGUUAAGCAUGGCGGACAAUCCGUGUCAAAAUUGUGUGCCAUCCAGUGAUGUUAUUUUUUUCUUCAUUUAUUUUCUUGAUUAGAAAGUUAAAAAGAAUGUUAUUUAGUUAAGGAAAUAUUGAUGGCAUUUAAAAAAUAGAAAAUAGCAAAUUAAAGGAACGAUAUGAAAAGCAUAGACAUAACUGGCUGAAUUAGAAAGAGUAUAUAAAGAGUUUACACAUAACUUAUAUACAAAAAAAGAUAAGGGCCCGGCGUUUCAUAAAGAUUUGUAAUAACAACAAAUGCACAAUUUCUAUAACAAAUUUACAAUCAGCCAAUCAGAUUAAAGGAUUUCAGUAGCUUUUAACUGUUAUUGUAAAUUUGUUAUUGUAACAAGUUUUAUGAAACGGAUCCAAGAAGUGAAAACAAGCAUACACAAUCUACUUUCUAAAAAUGAUAAUAAGAGGGCAGCAAAUUAAAGUUUAAAAAGGCGUCUUCUUUGUCAAAUGUCAAUGUUUGUUCGCCAAUAUUUCUGAAAAAUUUACUUGAAUGAUAUCAGUGAAAAACAUACAUAAAGAAAUAAGACGGGCGAAUUCAGUAAUCAUGACUUUAAUCAGUAUUAGACGAAUUAGACCAAAGACUCAUUGAGAUAUACCUUGUGCCUUUUUUUAAUUGUUGCUUGACCUUUAGAUGUUUAAGAGGCCCGGUUUACAUAGCAUGAUUAACCAGCUCAGGCCCAUGGUUUUGAACGCGGGGUAUUCAACUUUUUCUGGUUGUCAUCCCUUAUGAAUUCGGGGCAUGAAGACUAUUUGAUAUAAGUCCUAGUAUUUAUGCGAUCAGAUAUCUGAAGUUAGUGAAGUGUUGUUCUGGAUCCUUUCGAAGUCCAUUAAUUUAUCAAAGUUAAACGUUUAACCACUUGAGAUUCUUUGUACACUGUUAAAAAUAAUUUAAACAACGCUGUUUACUAUGUGAAACACACAGUACCAGUUUAAACAUUUCAAACAAGUGUUUAAAAUCU